CUAAGCCCACCGUCUCCAUCUCCCCCACCAAGCUGGACCCCGCUUCCCCUAACACCAUCCUCCUCUGCAUCGCGAGGGGAUUCUACCCCGUGGAGAUCGAGGUCCGGUGGCUGAAGAACGGGCGGCUGGAGGAGGAGGGCGUGGCCUUCGGGGAGGAGCUCCAGAACGGAGACUGGACCUACCAGCUCCAGGUGAUGCUGGAGACCCAGCCCCAGCGGGGGGACGUCUACACCUGCCAGGUGGGGCACGCCAGCCUGGAGGCCUCCAUCACCGUCCAGUGGGAGCCCCGAUCCUCCAACUCUGCUAGGAGCAAACUCUGGACGGGGAUUGUGGCAGCCGUGAUCGGGGUGAUCUUCUUUGCCAUGGGGCUCUCCCUCCACCUGAAGAGCAAAAAAGCAACUCCCAUCCAGCCUCCUGCAGAACUCAUGAAUUAAUCUGCCGUCCUUCCUGAUUCCUGAUUUUUUUUCAUUAGCUGACAGAAUUUCUGACUUUUUGCAACCUCUGAAAAAUGGAGGCUCAAGAUUUUAGAUUAGGGAGAGGAGGUGAAUGGCAGCCUGGAGCUUCUCCUGCUGAGACUUCCCUGGCUUUCCUUUGAAGUCCACUGUUUCUAGUGAGGGAGGGGUGGAGACCAUCUAGACUGACCCCAGGGACUGUGGGCCUGCCUGUCAAUCCAGACACCCAAAUAUCUUCUGGCUUUAAAUCCACAGCAGUUUCAUCUCCAUUAGUCUUCCUACGAAUCUCUUCCCUUCACUUUGCUAUAAAAGAAUAAACUUUAAAUUGUAGAAAAA